AUGUCACUGCAAGUUAGGUGUGUGCCGAUAUUACGAGCAGACGAAGAUCAGUUCCACUUAGAGGUGGACAUGUCUGCACCUAAAGUGUUCGUACAAGGAACUUACGCUGCAGAAGGGACCUACAACUUUCUGCAAGUUAAAGCUAAUGGCGGAUUCAAUAAUACGAUGACUGAAUUGGUGUACACAUGGAAAUUAGAUGGCAAGCCCGAGAACAUCGGUGACAACACGUACUUGAGGAUUGAGUCAUUUUAUAUGCGACCUGACGUCGGCGAUAUGAAGUCGUAUCUUAGUAAUGAAAACCCUGAUACUAAGGAACUAACGGACUUGGGGAUCAACUUUGCGAAUGCAAACUGGAAGUUGGUCUAUCGGGAGUUAUUGCCUUACGCGCAAUCUAAUUGGAAUAGGAUUGGCAUUCGAGUAUCUAACAAAGUUUUCUUAAAAGUACCAUACUCUAAAUUGUUCCCUGCUACUUAAAUCGUGAUAUCUACUUUUAUGAUUAGGUAUAUAUUAAUGUAUUGUGUCCUUCUUAUACUUUUAGUUGCACUGAAAGUUUGAUUGUAAGCGGUGAUUGUGACAUUGAUUUUCAAUUUUCUACUUCAUACUGACUUAUCAGAGUCACGUGUUAGUGUGAGACCAGACGAGCGUAAUUUUGUGAGUUGUAAGUUGCGUUUAUUUUUGCGCUCGACCGAAAUUCAGUUGGAGCGCCAGACGAACGUAUUUCAAUGUGAACAUCUAGAUCAAAUAGUUAAGUACUACCACAUGCCAAUAUUUUUUUUUCAACAAUUAUUAAGCCUAGUAAAGCCUUUUAUUACUAAGUCAGAUACAAAUAUGAGAUAAGCCAUCAGUCCAGAGGAAAGACUAAUAAUAACAAUCAAGUACCUAAGUUGUUUAAUUAUUUAUAUUUUAAUCUCUGUAUCAUUUUCGCAAGAAACGUUUACACUCAUGCGCAUCUUAUACCAAAGUAACCAUAGAACACUAUACUCACCUUCCCUCACCCCUACCUCCGGCCGCGCCAGCCCGACGCACAACGCGAUCGAAAGUCAGUCGUCAUUACGCCCGUGAAUCGGCAGAUAACUCAUUUUGUGAAACAAACCGUACUUUUAUAUGAAACCAAAUGCAGCGCAAACUGCGCAACUCACAAAAUUACGCUCGUCUGGCUUCACACUUACCGUUACCUUAGUAUGCUAAUUAUUAUUUUUAGCGCAUAUGAGUACUUAUAGAAUAUAUCUUUGACAUGUAGGUAAUGUUUGGCUGGGCAUAGUGGAACUUAUUUUGUUACUGUGAAUUUCUAUACCUCCUGUGACUCCACGUAAUAUGUAAGUAAGUUAUGAAUUUAUAAUAAAAUACUGUUAUAAAAUGUAGUGUAUCUUAUUUCUCCAUUGGCAUUUAAGGCAUUAUUUGAUUUUUCUGAUAUAUAACAUAUUUACGCACUCGAUUCUAUAUUUCGCGAAGUUAACAAAGUUGCGAUCCAGGGGGUUGACUCCCGUUCUCCGUCCGACAUAACUCCGAAACGAUUACUGCCAAAUAAGUACCUAAUCCUCAACC